AUGGUCUCAUCGUCUUCUGGUGAUAUGCAAUCCGCUAGAUUAUGCCUACAGGUACUUCGCACCCUUCACGAGAAUGAGUGGGUUGUCCUUUCCAGACUUUCUUACCUUGUGGAGAUGAUUCAAACCUGCGAUUUUACAUCAGUAGAGGUUAAGAACUCGUCGGAAGGGUCUUUAUCCACUCUCGCCGGGACUAUGCCCAAAACAACACACUACGAUCCAGGGUCUGAAUCUUUUCUCUCUGAUCCUCCUUUUAUUGCUUCUGAAAAGCCUAUCGAUGGAGAAGGAUUUUUUUAUUUCACUUACCCCACACUGAGCAGAAGAAACCCACAGGAAGACAAAGGUGCCUCUAGCACUAUCUGUGAAGCGCAAAAUGUCAAACAAAUCAUUCUAGAUCCUACACAACGGCUCCAGGUUGACAUUGAAACCUCCAAUCAAACCAAGGCUUUAACUCUUGAACAGCACGAAGAGUUGUUUGCUAAUAUAAUGAUUUUGUACAAGGUACAUGGAAUGCUCGUUCAAGAAAUCGAAAACGCUGUUAAUCGGUUAAUCUCGCUGCAGUAUGAGUGGAAAAAGGCAAACAUUAGUAAUAUUAAUAAGGAAACGGAUAUGUUGAAUAGAAAAAUCACGCAGUUUCCGUAUCGCGCCUGCUCACUCAGAUCGCUGUCGGAAAAUUUGAACAAAACGAUCUUCACCAGUCCCACCCACUCUCGAAUAGGGAGUAAAAAUGAGUAUGAAGUACAAAUGCAGGAAGAACUCCAUCCAUCUCAAAAAUCCUCUUACAAGCUGAGCACAGUCCUUUAUGAAUACAACGAGGAUAGGCCCAGAGUUUCUUCUCCGCUGAUGGAAGGAAAUUCUGCUUUUCUUUCCGAUGAUUCCCUCUCCACACGCACCAUUUCCAACUCUUGCAGUGAGCACGACCCUCCGCAGCCCUCGGAAGGCUUAAAUACGUCAGAGGUGGCUGAAAUUAUUCUAUCUUUGUUCACCUCCGAUGUGUUAAAUCUCUUUAUUUACGAACACGUGGAUUAUGUAAUGAACUACAUUCAUAAGGCGAUGCCGCUGGUUCAGCGGCUGGCGGCGGCAUCCCAACAAACUAUGGAUGUCGGCCCCAACUCAUGGAUCUUCCCCGCCCCCAUGCGCCAUAAAAAGCCGAUAUCCCGCGACGAGCUCGCGGGAUAUGAGGGCUUUAUAAAGAUCCUCCGACGCGCUUUGGGACCCUCUGGGGUGCCAAACGACGCUCGGGUUUGCUCCCGAUCCCUUUUGGAAGUCUUUUCGCGAGAGGACGGGCCGUACAAUAGUCGGCAAGGCGAUUGCGGUGUCGUUCGCGCGUCCAAGCCGCCGCUAGGGAUUCCAGAAGGUUGGCGCGGCUUCGAAACUUUUUUAGGGCUGCUUUCGGCGCCUUUACCAUCCCUACGUCGGAUUGUCUACGCGAUGAAUUGUUUAUUGCAUAGCGGCGUCCUCGAUGGCGGGAAUCAUGAGCGAUUUCGGCAUCAACUUGAGGAGAUUCUACCGCGGAUGGGUCGGGAAACCAACAUGGUGCUGGAUGAUCUUCUUCAGCGGGAUGUGGAGCACGUGGAGGCGUUAUGGGGGACCCCGUCGUGGCGGAGUAUCCUCGAAAGUGAAUGGUUCCACGCAUUUAAACACUGCGAGAUGGCCCGAAGUGAGGCCAAUCGGGUGCAAAUCGGUCCCGUCCCGGAAUGCCGCGGCGGAUCCGUGCUUUUGCAUAAAGGCCGCCUGUACGAACGCACCAACCACGACAAUCAUUAUGUCAUGUUGUUUCUUUUUAGUGGCUGGGUGUGCUUUGGGGAGGAACUCGGCCCGACUUCUUUACGGUUGCGCGGUUCGAUGCCGCUGGAGACGCUCCGCGUUCUCGAUGUGGAGGAUUUGCCCCCGCUAAACUUCACAAACGGGUUUAAACUGAUCAGCCCAAAAAUCAAAGAUCUCACAUUGUUCGCAAAAACACCGGAGGAAAAGCGAUAUUGGGUGGAAAUUAUCCAAGACGCGAUCGAACAACACACUCAGUGCGCCGCGUCCAACCGGAAUGAGGUUAAUCCCACCCUCCGCUAUUAUCGGCGCCAUCAUUUCAAAAAUCGCGGCAAUUUAUCGCCAAAGCGAGGGGCGGGGAUCCCCGCGAUGGAGGAAAUCUCGUCGAGGCGGAUGGUCAGCCCCGCCCUGCCGCCUUUUUCAAACAAAUCGAGGCUUUUCCAGCAGCGCGAGGCCGACGCGCAACGUCAAACCCACCUGCAGCCACGCUGA